AUGUCCUCCAACAAUGAUCAGGAAACUAUCUACGCUCAAGAGCCUGCUCCUUUGAAGCAAUCAGACAAUUUAGAUCAAGGUGAUAGCGAAAGCCAAGGACUAAAGGAGAGGCUAAAAGUAGCUGAGAAGACGUUGAGACUCAGGGAGAAUCAGGUGAUCGCACGAGAGGAAGGUUUGACAACGAUAGAAGAGGGUCUGAGGCUGCGUAAAGAGGAUUUGAGGUUUCGAGAAGAGGACCUGAACAUCCGAGAGGAGGAACUGAAGGUACGAGAAGAUCGUUUACGCCUCCGAGAGCAGGAACUCGAAGAAAGGAGCCCCAACAUUUGA